CGGGCACCCGAGAUGGACAAUCGCAACAGAAGCCGUCCAGAAGCCCGGCCGCCAUUUGCUUCCUGAAUCGAAGAUGAUCCGGAGCUUUCGUUCGUCCAUCCUUUCUUUGUGGCCGCUGUUUCUGCUGCUGGAGCUCCUGCCCCCCGCCUCCCUCACAGACGAAUGUGGAACAAGGCCUGCAGUGGAUGAGUUCACAAUGGCCUCCCGGAUUGUAGGUGGACAUGAUGCUGAACCUGGGGCAUGGCCAUGGCAAAUCAGUCUUCAAAUUCAUUACAGUGACAGAGUAUAUCGUCAUAUAUGUGCAGGAGUUUUAAUCAGUAACAAUUCAGUGCUGACUGCAGCACAUUGCAUUCAUGAAUAUCCGAAACCAGACAAAUGGAAGGCUGUAGUUGGUUUGCAUCAUCUUUACAUACAUUGGCCUUUUUCUAAAGAAUAUCAUAUCAAAGAUAUCAUUAUCCACUCUGGUUAUGAAUUUGGAACUUUUGAAAAUGAUGUUGCCUUGUUCAGACUGAUGCAAUUUGUGAAGUACAAUGAUUAUGUCCAGCCUAUCUGCUUACCUGACUCUGCUCACUUUUUGAGUGAUAAAUCUAAGAAUCCAUGUUAUAUAACUGGGUGGGGAAGCACAAAGGAAGAAGGUAAAGGUCAACACAUAUUACAAGAAGCUCAGGUUGACAUUAUUCCAUUGCAAAUCUGUAAUAGCUACGAUUGGUAUGGAGGCACAGUAUCCCUGAAAAUGAUUUGUGCUGGCUCUGAAAGUGGACAUGUUGAUAGUUGCCAGGGAGACAGUGGUGGUCCUCUGGUGUGCUAUUUCCCAGAUGCAAACAAAUAUUAUUUAAUAGGAAUCACCAGUUCUGGUGUUGGCUGUGGCAGACCAAAAUUUCCAGGACUCUAUGUACGUGCUGCAAGUUACAAAAAAUGGAUACAUUCAUAUUUAUCUAACAAAACAAAUAUUGUAAGCCUUCAGCUUGUCCUAAUUGUGGGAACUGCUGGAUGGAUAACUUUCCAUAUUGCAUAAAAUUCGAAUUUUAUUGAAAUAGAGUAACAGCUGAUUAUAUUUUAAGUUUUUUUUUCCUUUCCAUUGCAAACAUAACAUUUUUCAGAAAAUUCUCAGUAAUGGAACUAAUUGAUUUAAGUGGUAAUUCAAUUUAAUAAAUUCAGUAUUCUAAUCUUAGUAUUCUAAUCUGCUACUUAUGCACACAUACUUAGAAUUUAACAUUUACUUAAUCUAUAUUUUAAAUAUAAGCACCAGUUAUGUACCACUUAUGAGCUAUAAAAUAUACAAAAGCUAUCACACUAUUAAUUUUAUUUAUUUAUUUAUUUAUUUAUUUAAAGACUCUAUAUUUACUUAAUGAAUUCAGAGUCCUGUUUUACACAUACUCCUAACCUUUCUAUACUUUUUACAGCAUUUCAAAAAUAAAUGUUAUUUUACAAAUGUGUGAAAUUGCAGAAGAAAAUACAGAAUAGCCAUUCUCUUUCAAUUGAUUACACCUUAGAAGUAAAAACAGAGACAUAUAUAACAUAGUAAAGUGACUAAAUUAGUGGAUCAGAGAAAUGCUGUGGAUAUAGUUUACUUGGACUUCAAUAAGGCAUUUGGCAAAAUAAACCACAGCCUUCAUCUUGGUACGACAGAAAAAUGUGGGAUAGACAGUACCACCACCAAAUGGAUUUGCAGUUGGCUAACCAAACACACUCAGUGUAUGGUAUUACAUCUACAUGGAGG